AACCAAGUUUGCAGGGGUGAAUGUUUAAAGGUGAUUGUCUUGAAGUAAUUAGGCAAGGGGAAAGCCCCUGGAUUUUGGAAAUCUAUUCCCAUAAUAAGGAAAGAAGAGUUUUUCCAGCCUGCUUCUACCUAUGGAAAACUUAAAGCUGGGGAAAGGGCUUAUGGGGACUGAGAAAUGUUCUGCUUUGGGAAGAUUUCUGCCCUGGAGAUGGGAACCUGCAACUUCUCUGCUUUUAUUGCUGUUACAUGCCAAGGGGAGAUCCCAUCAUUUGAUCUUCCUUCCUGACAGACACAGAAAAAUACCUUUAAAUUUCCAUUUUCUGCCCCGCUUUGCACUUUACUGUGAUGUUUCUUUGUUUCUUAUCAGUCCCCAGGUAUUGAGAGUCAAGCCAGGACAUUAAUAUUGAUACCGACCUCGGUUAUUAAGAGCUGCAUUUCCGAGCAUGCCAGCAGCAUAUAAAUACUAUUACUAGACCCAGAUUGUACCACUAACCUGCAGUGAGAUCCCGUGCCGUGAAUUUGCCACCCCUUGGGAGCUAAAAAAGUCAGGACAGGAUCUUCAUCCUUUGUGGAUAGACCGGUGACAAGCACAGCUUUGUCUUCUGGACGCAUCUUGGAUUCAAGACUUUCCUCCCUUGCUUUCCCAGGCUGUGAUCCCUGCCCAGGGAAUCUUGUUUUCGGGGUGGCAGAAGGACAUUUGCAGGGCAGAGGCUCCCUGUGCACCCCCUAAACAGUUCUCAAUGUGACUCCCACCCAGGAUGCACCAUGUCUCCCCAGCACCUGCUCUAAUGAUGAUGGCCACCCAGACGGUGCCCCCUCCUCCCUACCAAGACACCCCACAGAUGACAGCCACAGCCCAGCAACCCACCAAGGCCCAGCCCGUGCAUCUCCCCAACCCAGCCACCACCGCGCCGGUCCCUGCCGUGGCUGGUGACCCCCAGGUGCAGCUGGAGGCCGACAAACGAGCUGUCUACAGGCACCCACUGUUCCCGCUGCUGACUCUGCUCUUUGAGAAGUGCGAGCAGGCAACGCAGGGCUCUGAGUGCAUCACCUCAGCCAGCUUCGACGUUGACAUAGAGAACUUCGUCCACCAGCAGGAACAGGAGCACAAACCCUUCUUCAGUGAUGACCCUGAGCUGGACAACCUGAUGGUGAAGGCAAUCCAGGUGCUGCGCAUCCAUCUCCUGGAGCUGGAGAAGGUCAACGAGUUGUGCAAGGAUUUUUGCAACCGCUACAUCACCUGCCUCAAAACCAAGAUGCACAGUGACAACCUACUCAGGAAUGACCUGGGGGGACCGUACUCCCCCAGCCCCUCCUCCAUCAGCAUCCACCCCCAGGAGAUGCUGCAGAGCUCACCCGCAGCAUUGCCACCCACCUCCAACCCGCCGCCGGGCAUCGUGGUGCCAGCGGCCACGCUACCGCCAGGCAACUUGGCCAUGAGCGCCGGCAGCGGCUCACCUGCCGUCCCAGGUGGAGCCUUGUACCAGCCCGUGACGAUGGUGACAUCGCAGGGCCAGGUCCUUGCCCAAGCCAUCGCACCCAGUGCCCUGCAGAUCCCCAACGCCCAGGUGAACCUGGAUCUCACCUCCCUCCUUGAUGGUGAGGACAAGAAGUCCAAGAACAAGCGAGGUGUCCUGCCCAAACACGCCACCAACAUAAUGCGAUCAUGGCUCUUCCAGCAUCUCAUGCACCCCUAUCCCACAGAGGAUGAGAAGAGGCAAAUUGCUGCCCAAACCAACCUGACCCUCUUGCAAGUCAACAACUGGUUCAUAAAUGCCCGGCGGCGCAUCCUGCAGCCAAUGCUUGACGCCAGCAACCCAGACCCAGCCCCCAAAGCCAAGAAAAUAAAAUCUCAACACCGGCCCACCCAGCGGUUCUGGCCCAACUCCAUUGCCACUGGGGUCCUGCAGCAGCAGGGUGGCAAUUCGGGGACAAAUCCUGAUGGCUCACUCAGCAUGGACAACCUGCAACCCCUCUCGUCAGCCACGGCCACCAUGGCCAUGCAGCAGGCCAUGCUGGCAGCCCAUGACGACUCCCUCGACGGCACUGAGGAAGAGGAGGAGGAUGAGGAAGAUGAGGAUGAGAUGGAGGAAGAGGAAGAAGAAGAGGAAGAGCUGGAGGAAGAGCCUGGUGGCCUCCCAGCAGCGCCCAGCACCAACCUUGGCUUGGACCACAGUGACUCACUGGAGUAACUCCUCCCACGCCCUCCCCAAAUCAGUGAUAACACCAGAAGCAGAGUUCUCCCCCAAGUGCCACAAAAUGGCAAGAACAAAAACAGAAUUGGUGAAAAAACGCAAACUGGAGGCGCUGGUGGACACCCUGGCUGCCCGUGGGAGCGCAGGGACUACCAUAUCAGCACGUGAAAGUGAAGGACACAGGUUUACAAGGCACAUAUUGUGGCCAGAUUAUUUUUUCCAGGUUUUAUUCUUAUUUUUUCCUUUUCCCUUCCAUUUUUUGCUAAGAAAAAGGAUUUUUAUGGGAAGCUGUUUUCCCCAGGCCAUGUUUAGAUGCUAUUGGGCAAUGGUGGGUUUUCACCAUGGGCCACCACAUCCCUCACUCGGAUUUCUUGGUGCAAAAAAACCCCAAUAACCAACCCCAGGACUGAUGUUUUAGGGAUUUUUCCCCAAAAAAAGAUGUUCCACAGGCAUAAAUAUCAACACGUGGGAAAAAAAAACAACAAUCAGUGAGUGCAAAUUCUGCUUCAGGUUGGAUCUGAGGAAGGUUUUGUGCUUUUGACCCACUGGAUUGACCAAACUUCCCCCUUUUAGCUCCAUUUGGUGACUCCGGACUCAACUUCCUGAACAAGGGAGGAAAUCCAGAAUCCUUUAAUUUAUGUGGUAAAACCCGUUGAAUCUAGAAAAAAAUCCCAUCCUUGCCCAUAAGGACUGAGACUGGACGCAGAGCUGGGGCAAAGGCUGCUGGGAGCAAGACUUUCCCAGGGCCUUUUGGCACCGAAUCAGGAAAAAAUAGGUUUAAAAAAAUACAUAUUUUUACCCAGAAUUGAAUGGUGACCCCCAAGAUUCACCCAGGCAGAAUGAAAUUCAACAUUUCAACAUUGUUGUUGGGAAGAUGGUUUCUCCCUGAUAUUGUGUGGGAAAAUGUGUGGGACUUUUACCCCAAAGGAGCUGCGGGGGAGGGUGGUUCUGAAAAAAAAAACAACCAUGUAUUUUGGGUUGUUCUGUUGGUUUUUUUAAAUGCAAGAAAAAGGGCAAAUUUUGCCUUAAAAUGUGGCAUGGGGAGAAAUGCAAAAGCAAACCCGUGUGACAUGGGGCAAAAAUAAUAAAGGAAUUUUCUUCUGCAGGUUCCUCCUGUAACUGCAGGUUUCUGUAAGAAGGAUAUUUGGAUUUUUUUUUUUGCCAUUUUUUGCUGGUUUUGUCCUUAUUUUUUGGCUCUUGAGGAGUUCAGAAAUAAACCCCACAAAUGGCAGCCAGGGAAGAAAAAUAAUGAGUGAUGCAAUGGGCAAAAAAAGCCUGUUUUUCAACAGUGAUCUGGCAUGAAUGUAAUCUGUAAUUUCAUAAAGGACUCAUUGUGAUUUAGUAUUAA